CACUCCCGUUGUAGAGCGCCAAUUGACCCUGUAAGCUGAAGAUGAUGCAUUUAAUGACCUUUCAUUUCACCUGCUAACCCAUAUCCCAGAAAUUGGCCAUGGGAGGCAGACAGAUCCGCCCCGCGAGGGUCUUCCAGACCGUCACCGAGGAACUCAACCACAGCCUCCUCGGCCAAAAGUCCGUCGCUACGCCGCCAUGGUAUAACAUCAUGCAGACGGUCCCUCCCUCGGAGACCCUCGUCCGAACCAUCCCUCCCCGACACCGAGCACCAAACCCCAGAGCCACCAAGCCCAAGAACAUCUUCCGCCCGCAGCGGAUAAGGUACCUCGAGGAUGCGCUACGAACCACCUUCUACAAAGACCACCCCUGGGAGCUCGCAAGGCCUCGUAUCAUCAUGGAGUUGGAUGGAAAGGACUAUCAGCGUUGCGAUUGGAGCAAGGGCUUGAAGCAGCCCGGCAUCCCCUUGACAGGAGAGUGCGUCGUUCAACGCCAGAUGUGGCUCAUGGAGAACGAAAACAUCAGCGAGCGCAAGGCCUACGAUGUCACCCGCCGCGAGUUCUACCGUCUCCGCCAGGAAGAGGAGAUCGAGAAGCGCGUGGCCGUCGAGGAGGCCCGGCACGUGGGAGCCUACUUUGGCAAGACUCGCAUCGACGUCUCGCACGGCCUCGAGGACCGCGAGUUUGAGAACUGGAAGCUCUGGGCUGGCAAGGAGACGGAGCGCACCGAGGCCCGUCGCAACUCGGAGAUUGAGAGCUUCGGCCUCGAGGAGGAGGGCGCCGGCGGGGAGGACAUUGCUGCCGAGGCGGAUGCCACCGCCGAGACGGACAAGGUGGCGAUCUGA